AUGGAAUAUUUGAGUGAGAAUAACCAGCUUCAGGAAAGUCACAAACUUCUCUUACAAGAAGCCACAGUAUGGAAGGAAAAAGUGAGUGACCUUAAUAAACAGAAAAUAACAUUGGAAGACUCUAAGGUACAGGCAGAAGAAGUUUUAUGUGAUACAGAAAAUCACUUUAAGUCUGUGACCAAACGCUUGCUAAAGAUGAAGGAUGGGGCUGUGCCUGGAGAAGACCUAACAGAUGAUGAUAACUUAAAGUUGGAAGUGAAGAGUGAGUCAGAAAUUGGUGCUCACUUAGGAAAUCAGCCAAAAGGAGCUUUGAAGGAACUGGUUCAUGCUGUUAAGUUAAAUCCCUCUUUAAAAACCUUAGGAGAAAGAAAUCAAAUUGAUACUUCAUUAUCUGAAGUAGAUGAAACAAAAGAAGAUCUUACAGAACAUAUUAAAAAUCUUCAGACUGAGGGAGAAUCUUUGAGGUCAGAAAAUACACAGCUUGAAAAUGAGAACCAGAAACUUCAGCAGAAACUUAAAUUAAUGAUUGAACUGUAUGAAGAAAAUAAAGUGAAACUCCUCGGGAAAUUAAUAGCAGAGGAAAAGUGCCGGUUUGAGGAAAAGGAGAAACUCUGCAAAGUGGAUAUAAGGAUCAGCCUCGCAGCUAAACAGCUGGAGACCUGUAGAAAACAAGCCAAAGAUUUGGAGGAAGAAUUGGAGAGUACCAUUCAUUUUUUUGAGAGGCAGAUUCUUUUCUAUGAGAAUAAAGCUUGUGAUGAUGAUUUGGUAGCUUCGACUGCUGGAAGAAACCGUGAGUAUUUAAGGAAAGUAAAUGCUCACAACAGACAAAAAUUACCUGAAAUAGAGUUUGAAUUUAAAUCUUUAGAAAAAGAUCCUUAUACACUUGAUGUUUCAAAUACAGUAUUUGGCAGAGAGCACACCCUAUAUGGUCCCUCACCAUCAGGUCGAGUUUCAUCUGAAAUGAGAGCUUUUCAUUUGGAAAGGAAGGGUGCACUCUCCCCUUUGCUUCCAGGGGAAGGAGGAAGAGGCUCAGGAUGCCGGGGCUCAGAGAAGCCUCUGGACCGUCAGAUUAGCAAUAAAAGAAGAGAAUCACACUACGAUGGGUUAACUGAUCCUCAUAGAGCACCUGCUGACACUCUGAUCCUGACACCUCCAUGGGAACCAGACCAUAAGAUGAUGAGCCUUCCACCAGGCCAAGCAUAUUCUGAUCUACCUGUUCCUCUACAAAGGCAAGAUGAAUAUUUUUCUAAUUAUGGUAGACUUUCCAGACCAGCAGAACUCAAAAGUCUUAAUAUUCCUUCUUUGGAUAAAGAGGAUGAGCAUACAUCUUCAGAAAUGGAAUCCAGUAGAAAUAAUACCAAAGAUGAGCUUGAUAAUUUAAAUGUGCCGGAUUCAUCUCACCCUGCUGAAAAUCAAGCUGGCUCUGGCUUUGCUUUUGUUCCUCUCAUUCCAGUCAGAAAUCCAUCACUUUGA